UCUGAUUGGAGGACUCAAGUGCGGAUUGGUAGGACGAAUGGCCAGAGAUUUGGGAGGCAACGACAUACAGUCCGGCAUUUCAGUCUAUUUCACAAUUAGCCCCGGGCGCUCGGACACGAUGCCGGAUCCUGUGGUGGAGAAAGUGGUCGUUCAUCCGCUGGUGCUGCUGAGCGUCGUGGAUCAUUUUAACAGAAUAGGAAAAGUUGGAAAUCAAAAAAGAGUAGUCGGAGUGUUGUUGGGUUCCUGGCACAAAAAGGUGCUUGAUGUUUCAAAUAGUUUUGCAGUUCCAUUCGAUGAGGAUGAGAAAGAUGAUUCUGUGUGGUUCCUGGAUCAUGAUUACUUGGAAAACAUGUAUGGAAUGUUUAAGAAAGUGAAUGCCAGGGAAAGGAUUGUUGGAUGGUACCACACUGGACCUAAGUUACACAAAAAUGACAUCGCUAUCAAUGAACUGAUGAAACGAUACUGUCCUAAUUCUGUUUUGGUUAUCAUUGAUGUCAAACCAAAAGACUUGGGGCUCCCUACAGAGGCUUACAUUUCAGUAGAGGAAGUUCAUGAUGAUGGAACUCCAACUUCCAAAACAUUUGAACAUGUCACUAGUGAAAUUGGAGCAGAAGAAGCAGAAGAGGUUGGAGUAGAGCACUUGCUACGAGAUAUUAAGGAUACUACAGUAGGAACACUGUCACAGCGAAUCACAAACCAAGUGCAUGGUCUCAAAGGACUGAACUCAAAAAUUUUAGAGAUAAGAAAUUACUUGGAGAAGGUGGCCACAGGGAAGUUGCCCAUCAACCAUCAAAUUAUUUACCAGUUGCAGGACGUCUUCAAUCUACUGCCUGAUGUUAAUCUGCAGGAGUUUGUGAAAGCCUUUUACCUGAAGACGAAUGAUCAAAUGUUGGUGGUGUAUCUUGCUUCACUUAUCCGAUCAGUAGUUGCUCUACACAACUUAAUCAACAAUAAAAUUGCCAAUAGAGAUGCAGAAAAGAAGGAAGGGCAAGAAAAGGAAGAAGGAAAGAAAGAGAAGAAAGAUGACAAAGAAAAAUGUGAAUCGAAGAAGGAAGAAAAGAAAGACAAAAAAUAAAUUGUGUAGUGCUUUUAUAUUAAAAAAAGACCUUCAAUUUGAACACUCUGCAUUGAGUGGGAAUGUUAAUAUCUUGACUUAAUUAAAAGGGCCAACAUUUACAGCCAUUGUGUUUGCAUGGGCCAGUUUUCUGUACAAUGUACAUGUUUAAUCUUGAAAAAUUAUAAAUAUUGCUUUACUAA